AUGAAUUUAGCUCGCCGCUGUCCAGCUCUACUGAACCAAAUGUGUAUGUCAUCGCUGGAGGGAAGUACGACCAGAAGAGCGUUUUCACCGGCUCCUGCCGUAAAACAACCCGCGGAAACCCGGUGCCAUAACCUCGGAGUGGAGAAAACUGGUCGACAAGUCAAGUCGGGUGGAGCAUCCACUUCGGGAGCAGUGUCAGCCUGUCCAAUGGGCAGCAACAACAGCAGGCCAUUUAGUGCUCUGGCCCAGACACUGAGCAGCACCACCUUGGAGCAAAGAGUUGAGCAUCUGGACCAGGAAGACCAGAUUGAGCUUGACCCAGACCAGCUGCUCAGAGAGUGUGAGGAGGUCCUGCAGAGUCGUCCGGCCAGGCCCCACAGAAACCUGAUAUGUCCUAAGGAUGCUGGAUCCUACUGCCACCAGCUCGGGCCCUCCGUUCGAAUAAUGCAGUGGAACAUACUUGCGCAAGCACUCGGUGAAGGGAAGGAUGGAUUUAUUCGGUGUCCUCUCGAGGCCCUCAACUGGAAGGAAAGGAAGUACUUGAUCCUGGAGGAGAUCCUCACCUAUCGUCCUGACAUUGUUUGUCUUCAGGAAGUUGACCAUUACUACGACACUUUCCAGCCCAUCAUGGCUAGCCUCGGUUACCAUGGUAGCUUCUUGGCAAAACCCUGGUCUCCUUGUCUAGAUGUCGAGAAAAACAACGGUCCGGAUGGUUGCGCGUUGUUCUACCGCCACUCACGCUUCUCCCUACAGACUAGCAUAUGUUUGCGGCUAUCGGCAAUGAUGAUACCCACCAACCAGGUAGCCAUUGUGCAGAUACUGAACUGCCGGUUGACGGGUCAACAACUUUGUGUGGCUGUCACACAUCUGAAGGCCAGAAGUGGAUGGGAGAAGCUGAGGAGCGCGCAAGGCGCUGACCUGCUGCAACGCUUGCGAAGCAUCACUUCUAGGCGCGGCGAAGGCAGCCACGAGCAGUCAGCGAGGACCAAUCCACUUGUGGUGUGCGGAGAUUUUAACGCAGACCCUUCCGAGGAUGUUUACCGCCGCUUUAGAUCCUCGCCGCUCGGUUUGGACUCCGCUUACAAGCUGCUGAGCACUGACGGACAGACGGAGCCGCCUUACACAACCUGGAAGAUCCGUCCGACUGGAGAGAGCUGCAGCACGCUCGACUAUAUCUGGUAUACCCGUGAUGCCUUGAGAGUGGAUUGCCUGCUAGACAUUCCUACUGAAGAGCAGAUAGGUCCAGAUCGACUGCCUUCAUUUCACUACCCCUCGGACCAUUUAUCACUGCUUUGUGACGUCAGCUUUAGGGCAGAACCUUAA